AUGUCUUCGGUGAAUUUGGUUGAAUCGGCCAAGAAAUUGGCCGCCUACCAGGCUGUCAAUGACCACCUCGAUGCCUCCUACAAAUAUGUUGGCAUUGGCUCUGGCAGCACCGUUGUCUACGUUGUCGACGCAAUUGUCAGCAAAGGUGCCGAAUUCUACAGUGGAAUGACUUUUGUUCCCACUGGAAGUCAAUCUAAGGGUCUUAUCCGUGCUGCUGGUCUGAACUUGGUCAAUCUCGAUGAGAGACCAGUUGUGGAUGGAUUUCCUGUUCCUCUCGACGUCGCCUUUGAUGGCGCCGACGAGGUCGACGAGGACCUCAAUCUCAUCAAAGGCGGCGGCGCUUGUCUGUUCCAGGAGAAAUUGGUCGCAAUUGCUGCCAAGAAGUUCAUUGCUGUUGCUGACUACCGAAAGCAAUCUCCCAGGUUGUGUACUACAUGGAAGACCAUUCCCAUCGAAGUUCUCCCUCUAUCUGCACCCGAUGUCUUGACCCGCCUUCGAGCCAUGGGUUCACCCAAACCCGUUGUCCGCUCAGGCCUCCCUAGCAAGGCUGGCGAAUGUGUGACAGACAACGGUAUGUGGCUUAUUGACGCCCCAUUUCCCCCCUUGCUCCUCGCCAAGGACGUUAAGUCUGAAGGCGAGGGUCGCGGAAAGGACGGCGUUUGGGAAGUUAGUGCACUUGCUGAGGAAUUGGUCCGUACACCUGGAAUCGUUGAGAUUGGCCUGUUCCACGGAUUUAAUGGCCACGAGUCCGUAAAACUGGGCAAGCAGCUUCAGGCGCAGAAGCCAAUUGCGGCUUAUUUCGGCCUCGAGAAUGGUGAAGUACAAGUGCAGAAUGCUGCUUAA